GGGAUUCCCAAGAGUCAGAAUCCCCACAUAUACCAUCAAUUGCCUUACCCGCAGACUUCAACAUUGAUACAGCACUCAAAGUCAAUACUGCCGAGGUGCUGUAUGAUGUAUUCAGGGCACACAGCCUUGAGGUUGACGGCACCAGUCCAAGAUGGACCCUCUGUUGUCCUGACUGCAAGGAAUGGUGCCAGACUAGCAUACCCUUGGGCCUUAUGCUCUGGCAUGAAGGCCAAUUCAGUUCCUUGUCGUCUUUCUCCCUCCCUUCAUCUUGACGACUGUCCUGGAAUUGCUGUUGUCUGGCCAGAUGACCUACGUCCAUUCCUCAUGCUUUUCCCCUGGAGCUGGUAUCAUAAUGGCCCAGAUGCUUUGCCUUUUACCAUCGAUACCCGGGAUCCCAAGCACCAUACUAAUUACAAGUUUCUCAGCCUUGGACACAUGCAAGACAUUGUGAAGACAUAUGCCGACCAAAUCAAGCAGCUAAAAUUGCAGCAACUCAAUCAUUCUUGCAAUUAUAUGUGUUCGCUCACCCAAUUAGACGACUACAAUUGCCUACUUAUGGCCAUAUCUGAAAAAGAUAUCCCCCGCAUCCAACAAAUUGAGGUCGUCAACAAGCUCGAGGAUGCUCUUGUGGGCGCAUAUACCCCUCGAGGUUAUGGCGCUGAUGACUUGGACAUUGCGACACUUGUAUUUAGGCUUGGCGGGCGCCAGCUCCUUUUUGCACUUAAUCAAUCACUUGGUCUCCCUUCUCUCCGUACCCUCCAUACUAAGUCCACCUUCACCUCCAUUGUGCCAACCAUCGGUCCAAUACAAGACGGACAGUUUGACCAGAAUAUUCAGAACAUUGUCAUUCACACACGUGCACACUCGUCACUCGCAUCAUUACGUGGCAUCAGUCUUAUGAUUGGCGAAAUCGCCCUUGAAGAGAUGGCGGUUCACUUUGGUAAAUAUAACAAAGUCGGAGGUCUCUGUUUGAAGCAUUCUCACACUAUAGAACCUGUCCUUCGCACAUACGAGUCUGCCGUGAACAUUGCUCAAAAAAUUCACAAUGGUGAACUUCACCUUGGGAAGGAGCUCACUGUUAUAGGUGCAUCCUGCUUUGGUGAGGAUGAGAUAUAUCCUAUUUUGGCGGCACCCACCUGCAAGACUGAAGACGCCACUGAUAUGGAACAUAUCCUUUCCUAUGCCAUUGGGAGUUGGAAUAGGACUGGCACAUCUACAUUGGUUGGGCCAAUCUGGUCAUUAGCAACAGAUGGUGAUGCAACUAGGUGUGCUGCUGGUCACAAAUUAUUCGUCAAGUUUCCACUACCUCCCGAAUCACCCUUGUAUGGCACGCUCAUCAACUUACAGGGCCUCAAUCUAUUCACCGGUGAAGGUAAAAUUACGCUUGAUUUUGACUUCAAGCAUAUUUUUAAACGCCUUUGUACGCUUAUUCGAGCACCUGGAGGAAUUGUCAUAAACAAUGGCCGUGUCAUUAAUUCAAUGAUGCUCGCACACUAUCUUGCAGCAGUGACAAAGCUCCUUCACCCUGAUGACCCCCAAGAUGACCCCCGUGCCAUUGAACUCAUGUUGGCUAUCAUCGGGUUCUCACAAUCUCAACAUCAUGUCUUGAAUGACUCGUUUUCCCUCGAAGUCAACACUCGUGCCGACCUUAUUUCAAUUUCUCUCCUCAGCACACUACUUGAAUCAAUUCUUACUCCUUUCAUUAAUGUCUCUCUCUCUCUCUCUCUCUCUGAGCAGUUCCAAUACCUAAGUCGUUAUGCGCACUUGGCUUAUGCGUUCUUUCAUGCUCAUCAGCGCUCAUUCAUGUCCUAUCCACUAUAUUACGACACUCAAACCAUGGUGAAGAAUACUGCCUUCUCUCUUUCCAAACAGCAGUCACUGGAUCCACAUGCUUGCUUCUACCUUGGCAACGUUGGGGAUGAUCCACUUGAGAUCCUCUUUGGUUGCAUGUGUAUGAUUGGAGGCCACAACUCUGCAUGCUCUUAUGCUCAAGCUAUCGAUCGUCUCGAUGCUGCUAAGGACAUCAAUGGUCUUUUUAAAUGCCAUCCAGAGCUUGAUCCAGGUCAUCGGUGUCUCAAACUCACGCACCAUGAGGGAGUUGAUCAUAUCAACCGAGAUAUUUGGAAGGGUGAUAUCAUUGCCGACAGAUGUGAUCUUCCAUUGGCAUGGCGCAAUGGUCGUGAUUCUGCACUUUCCAUUCUUACCACAUCACAACUGGAUCCAAUUCAUUAUUCCUUCGCCGACUAUUUCAAGAACCCUGAUGUCAACAUGCUGUGUCCAUUCAGACAGAAUAAAUACUUCGGCAUCACAAUGGAAGAGGAACUUGAAGACACGAGCCGUGUACCAUCCGAACUGCCACCUGCCAGUGUCAUGCACUCACCACCAUUGCAGUGUUUGGAGACCAUCUUGUCAAAUGAGGAUGGUGAUAUGCUUCAGCUAGACGAGUCUGACGUACAUGAAGAAGAAGACAAGAUCAUGCUAACAUUUCAAGAGGCACUGAUCAAUGAGUCUCCUGCUGAUGCUCCUUCUCAGCCUUCCAGUGGACCCCCUCCUGCAGAUGCACUUUCACCGCCAUUGCCGCAUGGCCCUGGGAUACGCCCAGAUGACUAUCUAUUAUAUGAUGGAUGCUGGAUUCACAAGCAGACUAACUUAUUUCUUGUUGGGGAUAUAUUUCUUAUCAUCCUUCACUCCAGCCAUAACCUUUCCAUUGGCGUCCUUCACUCCAUGUCGGCAACCCUUAACGGGGUAUCUUGCGCAUCCAUCAAUGUCACUAUCAUGAGAUCUUUGCGCUCUACCAUGAAGAUCACAGGACAGCUCCUAAGUGUCAUUCCAACUGACACUUUACCUGAUGCUGCUCAGAUGUUCUUGUGGGACGGGGGAUACAUCACUGCUUGA